AUGUCUUCUCAAUACCUUCCCGUUGUAUAUAGGGCUUGUGCUAGUAGAUGCGCAUUUAAGACCUCCCUGCGUUCAUCAUCGUCAGUGGUACCUCAAUUACCUUUAGGCUUUAAUAAUUUUCCCAAGAAAAUUCGCCCCUAUAUGGAGUUGGCUAGACUUGACAGACCAACGGGCACGUGGUUAGUCUAUCUUCCUAGUACCUGGAGUAUUGCUCUUGCAGCCAGUCCGGGCUGCUUGCCUGAUUUUGGGAUGUUGGCCUUAUUUGGAACAGGGGCCAUCUUAAUGCGCGGCGCUGGCUGUACAGUUAAUGAUAUAAUCGAUCAUGAUAUUGAUUCGAAAGUUACCAGAACUAAAGAUCGUCCAAUCGCUCGGGGAUCAGUUUCUCAAUUUAAUGCAAUCUCAUUUUUGGGUUUACAACUUACAGGAGCACUUGCAAUUCUUUUACAACUCAACUUAGAAACCAUUGCUGUCGGUGCUAGUUGUGUAGGAUUAGUCUGUGCUUAUCCUUUUUUCAAGCGUUUCACAUAUUUUCCGCAAGUAAUGCUCGGUUUAACCAUGAAUUGGGGUGCAUUGAUGGGAUACACUGCUAUCGCUGGCUUCGAUAUGACCAUAUGCCUUCCCAUCUAUCUAGCAGGUGCUUUUCAAACAAUGCUCUUUGAUUCAAUAUACUCUUUCCAGGAUAUCAAGGAUGAUAAGCGGAUUGGAGUUAGAUCGAUGCCAAUUCUACUUAAUGGAACUUCAAAAUGGUGGCUCUAUACCAUGGCAGCCGCUAUGUCUACCUCUUUUGCUACGGCUGGCUUAUCAUCCGGCGCAGGAUCUGUCUAUUUUGCUGGAACUGGUUUGACGAUGCUUCAUGUUUUCUACAAGGUAUGGAAGACGAAUCUUGACGACCCAGAAAAUUGUUUUGCCUAUUUCAAAUCAAAUCGGAAUAUCGGACUCGUCCUUUUUGCUAUAAUCGCUCUGGAUCGUUUCUUAUUGUCGGCUGUUUAA